AGACUAAAAAUAGGUAUGGAACCUUUUACCUGUAGCGCUAUCCAAAGGACAAAUGGUUCUUGUAUUUUGGGUGAUAAUUGUUGGAGAUAGUCUUAUCAAUAAGGAGUAUACUAAUAUAUAUGAGUAAAUAUUAUAUGGAUGUUCCUCUGUCCAACAAAACAUGCAACCACGGGUUACGUACCGGUAAAAGUAGUUUACCGUUUGACUCUAAAUUUUUGGCGAAUAUUAUUUACAUAUAUGACUCUAAAUUAAUUUAUUAAAAAUACAUUCCGUAAUUAAUCUAAUAAUCUAAUUAUAUUUAUUUAAUAUCAUACCUAUUGAUAUUUUUCUUAUCUAUAAUUAAUCAAACUUGAUGUACUAAACCAUGACACUAUGCUAGAAUCACAUGAUUUUCUAGACGAAGUACCUAGUAAAAGGAUACACUAAUCCUUGUGGAUCAUGUGCCUCUACGUCAGACGAGAGUUAUUUGAAAGAAAAAAAAAGUCAACUUCCUACUCCCUCAGUUGUAUCCUAUAUAAUAUAAAGUAUUUCAAAAGUUUUAAACAUAAUAAAGAAGUUUUUCUUCAAAUUAUGUUUGCCUGCCAAAUAUGAGUAUGAGUAUCGUAUAGAAUGUUUUAUACUCCUUUGUUCCAAAUCGUAAGUUGUUCUACUUUUUUUAGGAACGACUUACCACUUGGAAUGUAAAGUGUAUUUAAGUAUACAACUUUCGAAAGUCAUAAUAAGUGGUAUUUCUGUACCGAGGGAGUAUAGUGCAUCUGUGCAUUACUCAUUAUGAUAUGCCUACUGAUAGCAUCAUUUUAAUUAUCUUAAUUUGACAAAAAAAAACAGAAUAUAAUCACCAAGUGUUUUGCUUUCUUACCGGCACAAAAGGAAGUCCACUGUUUUCCUGUUUUCUCCGCCUAACAAGAAACCGAUUCAGUAGAAUGUUGAGAACCUUAGCACCAAAACCAAAAACAUGUCAUUUUAGACUGUGGUCCGACACGUUAGCUCACCCACUCAGGGCUACAAAAACCGCAUUCCAAAUCCGCUCCCCUGAUCCGCUCCACGUAUUUACCUAUGUCUAACCUAAACCCGCACCGGUCAUAGCUGUUGCUCCCUGGCAAUGGAUCCUUGUCGUCGUCGUCGUCGCCCUAACCUAAGAAUAGACUCCUUGUUGUCUUCGUCGUCGACGACGACGUCGUCCUUCUUGGCAAUGGCAAGUGUCAGGGUUGCUGUCUCGCUGGAACACCACCUCCCUUGUACGGCGUCGUUUGGCGCAAGGCAGCGGCGUUCGUUGAAACGGUGGGUCGGUCGGUGGCCAAACACCAGCGUCUCUCUCUGGCUCUGCUGGGUGCUGUCUGGCUCCCAGUCCCGCGUCGCGGCCGUCGUGGCGAGCGACGCGGCUGACUGGGCGGUGGUGGGCAGACUCUGCAACCAGCCAGCCAACCACCGAGCGGAACGCCUCCAAACCCCUUGGGACAGCCGCGCCACGGCAACCGAGGCCGGAUCGGGGGGCCGUCACGUUUCUUGCCCAUUUCUAUAGGACUGUAGGAGCAACCACGUCACGGACAGAGCCGAAGAAGGCCAGCCAGGCAGAGCACCGCCGCGGUCCCUCCCCCUCCCUCAGCAGCCGGACUUUUUUUUUUUUUUUUUUACAACUCAGCAGCCGGUGCCGGACUUGGACUCGUGAGCAUCGCCCUCGCCGCGCCGCAAUGGAGCUGCUAGCCAAGGCGCCCGUGCUGGGCUGCGCCGGGAAGAUGCAGCGGCAGCGGCAGCGGGGCUCCGCGAUGGGCUCCCUUGUUGCGGGCGCGUUGAACAGGUGGAUUUGCCGUGCCGUGGCGCAGCCGCCGAGGGCCUCGCCGGCGACGGCGACGGCGCCGAGGGUGCGGCUCAGGGACGGGCGCCACCUGGCGUACGCCGAGUCCGGUGUCAGCAAGGAGGACGCGCGGUUCAAGGUCGUCUUCUCCCACGGCUUCACCGGCUCCCGGCUCGACACCGUCCGCCCGACGCCGGAAGUGGCGGAGGAGCUGGGCGUGUACAUGGUGGGCUUCGACCGCGCCGGGUACGGGCAGAGCGACCCCAACCCCAACCGGUCCGUCAAGAGCGCGGCGCUGGACGUGGAGGAGCUCGCGGACGCGCUGGGGCUCGGCCCCAAGUUCUACGUCAUCGGCAUCUCCCUCGGCUGCCAUGCCGUCUGGGGCGCCCUCAAGUACAUCCCCGACAGGAUCGCCGGCGCGGCAAUGAUGGCGCCGGUGGUGAACUACUGGUGGCCAGGGUUCCCUCCGGAGCUGGCGGCGGAGGUGUACGCGAAGCAGGAGGUAGGGGACCAGUGGGCGCUGCGGGUGUCGCACCACGCGCCGGGGAUCCUCCACUGGUGGAUGGACCAGAGCUGGCUGCCCACGUCGACGGUGGUGGCCGGCACGACGCCGCUGCCGAACGCGCGCGACGCCGAGAUCCGGCGCAACAUGCAGGCGGACGGCACGUUCCAGCAGAAGCGGGAGCAGGCGACGCAGCAGGGGAUCCACGAGUCCUACUACCGCGACAUGACCGUCAUGUUCGGCAAGUGGGAGUUCGACCCCAUGGCGUUGCCGGAGCCGCCGUGCCCCGUGCACCUGUGGCAGGGAGACGAGGACGGCCUCGUCCCCGUCGUCCUGCAGAGGUACCUCGCCGGCAAGCUCGCCUGGGUCAACUACCACGAGCUCCCCGGCACCGGACACUUCCUGUCGGCGGUGCCUGGGCUCGGAGACACCGUCCUCAGGACCCUUUUCGGUCAGAAGCAGUAGCAACAAACAGUUCAUUACGACGACGUAUGGACGGUGCUAAGCUUAAAGUAUACUAGUAGUGUCAGUCGUGGCGCAUUAGUUCAUUUGUUAUUGUAAGGCCGAUGGUUGUCGCUGAUUAGCGAUGAUAAUGGUGAUGUAGAUGCAGGAUCUUUAAAGUCAAAUACUAUCAGAUAUAUACAAAUACUAGUCAUACGGUGAUGUGA